AUGUCGCCUGAUUCUCCCCAACCAACGCCUCCAGAUGUGCGUGAAAAAUUGAAACCGGUUCAAUAUUCAGAAGUCGCGUCUCGUCUCGAGGCAGCGCAGGCUGAACCGACUCGUGAGGCCCCACAACAGCGUGAUGCUCCCAACGACGAAGGACUUCUCAGCGACAUGGCCUCGACACUCACAGGGGUUCCUCUCCCUGAUAUGGCUUCCUUGAGACGCCUCCAGUCAGGGAUUUUGGGACGACAGCCAUCCGGACAGCCCUUGGCUCAGCCGAGCGCAUCCGUUGUUGGAAAUCAGCUUCAAAGCCCCAGCACUGGCGUGACAUGUCCCAUCUGCUUCUGUCAGUUUGAACCGAAGGACGAAGUCAUUCAGAUGCCAUGUGACUGGCGGCACGUGUUUCAUAACGAGUGUUUAGGAUCCUGGUUGGAUCAGAGCCAAGCGUGUCCUGUUUGCCGAAGCAAUGUCGUUGAGUCGCUAAAGAAGAAAGAAGAAGCUGAAGCGGCUCCUAACCUGCAAGUGCCAACCGAACAGAGACGCACUCGUCCGGAGAAAUCGACUGACUUCGUAUGA